AUCAUGUCCAUGACCCUUCUCUGCUCAGUGUUGACACAUUGUCUUAAAACCAACCCACAUGUGUUGGUUCAUACACCACUCUCUGCUCUUCAACUAACCAUUGUUCUUACUCUCACAACUUGUCGCCAUGCCACUUCCCAUCAUUCUCUGACUGGCUUUGCUUGCCUCACCAAAUCUUGAGAAUAUUGGUGAUUCGAUUAACUUGUGAUGGGUCCUGUGAGAGGAGGAUUCAAGAAGAAGAGAAAGCCAGAGAAGAAGUAUGACAAAAAUGGUUCUGCUGCUUGUGGGUCACCGGAGAACGAGGGUCCUCUAGAUUGGUGGGAUGAGUUGUCAAAGAGGAUGAAUGGUCUUCAACAGUCUCCAUCAAAGCGUUUGGGGAACUUUGAAUCUGUUUUCAAGAUCUCCAGAAAGACAUUCGAGUACAUAUGUUCACUUGUUAGGGAUGAUAUGAUGACAAAAUCUGCACAUUUUGUGUUUACAAGUGGCAAGCCAAUGUCUAUAUGUGAUCAAGUAGCAGUGGCACUGAGAAGACUGGGAUCAGGUGAGUCACUGGUCACAAUUGGGGAUGCAUUUGGGCUAAACCACUCAACCGUUUCACAAGUCACUUGGCGAUUUGUGGAAUCCAUGGAAGAAAGGGGUCUUCAUCACCUGCAAUGGCCUUCCACUGAAGUGGAAAUGAAUGAAAUAAAAUCCAAAUUCGAGAAAAUACAAGGCCUCCCCAAUUGCUGUGGUGUAAUUGACGCCACUCACAUCACCAUGUGUUUACCUGCAUCAGAACCUUCCUGCAAUGUGUGGCUUGAUCAUAAGAAGAAUCAUAGCAUGGUGUUGCAAGCAAUAGUGGAUCCUGACAUGAGGUUCAGGGACAUAGUCACUGGCUGGCCUGGUAAAAUGGAGGACUGGUUGAUAUUUGAGAGUUCAAACUUCAACAAACUUUGUGAAAAAGGUGAGAGAUUGAAUGGAAAGAAAUUAAAUCUCUCUGAAGGAUCAGAAAUAAGAGAAUAUAUAAUUGGAGAUUCAGGGUAUCCUCUAUUACCUUACCUUCUUGUUCCAUAUGAAGGAAAAGAACUUGCCGAACCGAAAGCAGAGUUUAACAAGCUGCAUUUGGCAACAAGGAUGGUGGCACAAAGAGCGCUGGUAAGGCUAAAGGAGAUGUGGAGAAUCAUUCAUGGAAUGAUGUGGAGACCUGACAAACACCGUCUGCCAAGAAUCAUUCUUGUUUGCUGCUUGCUUCACAACAUCGUUAUUGACAUGCAAGACGAAGCGCAGGAUGAACUACCUCUGUCUCAUGAUCAUGACUCAGGUUACCAUCAACUGGUUUGUGGAGCUGUGGAUGAGAGGGGAGUAGCUAUAAGAGAGAAUUUGUCUCACUACUUGACUGGAAGGUUGCCACCAUGAAUUUUUUGUUCAUCAGCAUUUGGUAACUCAAUGAAUUAUGUGGAAUUAUGAAAGUUUAUAAGAAAACGUGUAUGAUAUAGUUGCUCCUCCCCGAUUUCUAGAUUGUAAAUAAUUUGGAUGGUGCAUGACAGGGUGAACAUUGCAAGGUUACCAAAUUGUGAUUAAGGAUAAGGUGAGUGGUAAACUCACAUCUACAUUCUAUA